GGCUCCUCCGCGGCGCCGGGGGGCGGCGGCAGGAAGAGGCCGCUGCUCACCCCGCUCUGCAACGGGCUCAUUAACUCCUACGAGGACAAGAGCAACGACUUCGUGUGCCCCAUCUGUUUUGACAUGAUUGAAGAAGCCUAUAUGACGAAAUGUGGACACAGCUUCUGCUAUAAAUGUAUUCACCAGAGCCUGGAGGACAAUAACAGAUGUCCCAAAUGCAACUACGUUGUGGACAACAUAGAUCAUCUUUAUCCCAACUUCUUAGUUAAUGAAUUAAUUCUUAAACAGAAGCAAAGAUCUGAGGAGAAAAGACUCAAACUGGACCAUUCAGUGAGUAGCACCAAUGGCCACAGGUGGCAGAUAAUUCAAGAUUUGUUGGGAACUGAUCAAGACAAUCUUGACUUAGCCAAUGUCAACCUUAUGCUGGAGCUACUGGUGCAAAAGAAGAAGCAGCUGGAAGCAGAGUCUCAUGCUGCCCAAUUGCAGAUCCUUAUGGAAUUUCUUAAAGUUGCCCGGAGAAACAAACGAGAGCAAUUGGAGCAGAUCCAGAAGGAGCUAAGUGUUCUGGAAGAAGAUAUUAAACGAGUAGAGGAGAUGAGUGGCCUGUACUCCCCAGUCAGUGAGGACAGCACAGUGCCACAGUUUGAGGCUCCUUCACCUUCACACAGUAGUAUUAUUGACUCCACUGAGUAUAGCCAGCCUCCAGGCUUCAGCGGCAGUUCUCAGACCAAAAAGCAGCCGUGGUAUAACAGCACGCUCGCCUCACGACGCAAGCGCCUCACAGCUCAUUUUGAGGACCUAGAACAAUGCUAUUUUUCUACCAGGAUGACUCGUGUCUCGGAUGACAGCAGAACCACCAGCCAGCUGGAUGAGUUUCAGGAGUGUCUGUCCAAGUUCACGCGCUACAAUUCUGUCCGACCGCUGGCAACACUGUCCUACGCUAGUGACCUCUACAAUGGUUCCAGCAUAGUAUCCAGUAUUGAGUUCGACAGAGACUGUGACUACUUCGCCAUUGCUGGUGUGACAAAGAAGAUAAAAGUCUACGAGUAUGGUACAGUCAUUCAGGAUGCAGUGGAUAUUCACUACCCUGAGAAUGAAAUGACCUGUAAUUCCAAAAUCAGCUGUAUCAGCUGGAGUAGUUACCACAAGAACCUGCUAGCCAGCAGUGACUAUGAAGGCACCGUCAUCCUUUGGGAUGGAUUCACGGGACAGAGAUCCAAGGUCUACCAGGAGCAUGAGAAAAGGUGCUGGAGUGUGGACUUUAAUUUGAUGGACCCUAAGCUGUUGGCUUCAGGCUCUGAUGAUGCCAAAGUGAAACUGUGGUCUACCAACCUGGACAACUCAGUCGCAAGCAUUGAGGCCAAGGCUAACGUGUGUUGUGUCAAAUUCAGCCCAUCUUCUAGGUAUCACCUAGCUUUUGGCUGUGCAGAUCACUGUGUUCACUACUAUGACCUUCGCAACACUAAGCAGCCCAUCAUGGUGUUCAAAGGCCAUCGCAAGGCAGUCUCCUAUGCAAAAUUUGUGAGCGGGGAAGAAAUCGUCUCUGCGUCAACAGACAGUCAGCUGAAGCUGUGGAACGUAGGCAAGCCUCACUGCUUGCGCUCCUUCAAGGGUCACAUCAACGAGAAGAACUUCGUAGGGCUUGCGUCCAAUGGAGACUACAUUGCCUGUGGAAGUGAAAAUAAUUCCCUUUACUUAUACUAUAAGGGCCUCUCAAAGACACUGCUGACAUUCAAGUUUGAUACAGUCAAAAGUGUCCUGGACAAGGACCGGAAAGAGGAUGACACAAAUGAGUUUGUGAGCGCGGUGUGCUGGAGGGCACUUCCAGAUGGGGAGUCCAACGUGCUCAUUGCUGCUAACAGUCAGGGUACAAUUAAGGUACUGGAGCUGGUGUGAAGGAUUUUCUCUCAAGGCAUGAGGUACUUGGUCCUGCUGAUAUGCUACAGUAUUCAUCUGGGAACCACAGUGGGAUAAGAAACCAAAACCACCUUGAUGUUCCUCCCCAGAAUGAUCAUGUUUGGGUUUUUUUUCCAUUUAUGGACUUUCUAGGACAUUUUAAGACACUGGUAACACCAGUGAACUGUCUACCAUCAACAUUAACUCCACAGAUUUUGCUGGUGGUGGUGGUAUGGUUGUCUAAUUUUUAUUAUAGGAAAACAAAUUCUUUUAAAUAAAAACAAAAAGGAAUAAUAAAAUUUAUUGAGCCACAAGCUGAAGCUGGAAGAUUGUCUUGUUGCAUAAGAGAAGAGAUUUACUUGUGAAGGGAGCUUACAGGAGCACACAGGGCUGUCCUCAGUUGAACAUCUCUAGUUACUUUCAUCUGGACUCUUCUUCAUCCCCACUGGAAAAAGAAAGUCGCUAAGCCUUACCUGGACAUGCAAGCAAAUUCACUUUGAAAUCCCAUCAUUGUACAAUUCUGUUGUUCCUUUGAUUUAUUAAUUAUUUUUUAGAUGCAUUAUAUGUUGAGAAAUGUCACCAAGGUUGACACCACUGGAGACUGAAAUCCUCUAGUCAUCGAGAAGGACACCCUCCCCUUCCUCCUCUCCUUAGAUCCUUUCCUUGCCCCAGAAGGGCAUUUCCAAAGGAGAGGAUUAAGUUGUCCUCCUGUCCGUGUGGGCCACCUGCCACGGGCAGCAUGCUGAGAUGAGGGGCCCUUCAAUUCCUGGAACCUGGACUGACCUUGCCAAGACAUCGUGGGAUAAAGAUCUGCCUCCCUCUGACCUGGCUGUGCUUGACUAUCUCAGCUAGACAAGGAAGCAUCUAGAUCCAGUUACCAAAGCCCUGCACCACUCAAUCACCUGUGUGGUCUGGUUGUGUCUGCCCCUCUCUGCACUCCAUGAAGCCAAGCAUUUUGAAUGUUGUGAUAGGAGAGGGGAUGGAGUUGGUUUGUAACGUGUUUCAGAGCCAUGAUAUAAGUAGCCUUAUUUUUAAUGAUCAUGCAUACACUUAAUUGUAAAUAUGGAGGGGGAAUAAACCAUGAAGCUGAGAGUUUUUGUUGCUUUCUUGGCAGGAUAGCAGAGCAAAUAAGAAAGUGCAGAUGGUCGUCACGAGCAGCAGCCCGGCUAAACUGUCAGGAUUGCUGCCAGAACUCGUUAAGCUUGAAAGUGCAUUUGGUGGGAGUAGCAUCUUUUCCCUGCAAUGGAUGUCAAAGGUGCAAUGCAGAUAGUGAUACCUGUGGGAAGUGUUUUGAUUUGCAAACAGAAUCCCUCUCCAUUCAUUCACUGCAGGAUGUGUCUCCCUCACACCAUGGGGGCUGGGAUUGAUUCAGGGACUUUGCAUAGGUCUCAUGUCCUCCUGGUGUUAAAGGCCUGACUCUGAUCUUCCAGGAAGAUUGUGUGACCUUCUCACACCCUGUGGGCACAGAGCAGGGAAGAAGAGCAAGGAUGCUCUUGAGAGUGUUAAUAAAGAAGCAGGGAUUAAUCCUUGUGGCAGAACUGGGGGCAGGUCCUGUCCUGGUUCAGUGCUGGUGCAUAUUUCUAGGGGAUAAUCUAUGCUCCUUCAAAGGUAGAAGGAUGUGGGACACACCACUUUCUGGUCCAGUGGGGAGAAAAGUGAUACUGAGCUCCAGGGGAGGGGUGGAUGCAUGGCUCUCAGAUGCUGCAUGCUGGUUUUCUGCAUGAUUUCUGGUGUGUCAGUGGCAGAGAGAGUGAGGAGAGAAGAAGAGGAGAGAGAGCACACCAGCUUGUGUCCUGCUCAGGUGAGCUACGUGCAGGGUUUCUGUUGUAUGAGUAACCUGAGUCACUGUGGCAGAAGAAAACAAAAUUGGUUCCUUCUGCCUGAUGGCAGCUGUCUGACACAGCCCACUGAGCACUAGCUUGAUUUCCAUUUUGCUGCAUUUUAAGAGAAUUUGGUUUGGAGUGAGUGUGCUGAGCAUCCUUCCCAGCCAGCCCUCUCCAAAGGCAGGGCCAAUGUGAUGAUCCAUUGCCAUUGCUCCUCCUGCUUCCCCUGAUUUCAGGUGUGGGUUUCCCCUGGCCUCUGGCUUAUCAAUGUCUAUAAUUUAUUUUGCAAACUGCCCUGGCUGCUGUUGUACCCCAGCCCAGUGCCACACAGCUGCUGUUGGCAGGUGACCUCAUUCCUUUUCUCCCCUCCCUUGAAGAUCCUCUGUGGUUU